UCAGGCUACGGCCCGGUGGUUAUUAGUAUGUAAUUGCCGGUUGGACGCGGGAACAAACAUUAGGCUGACGUGGUACUCUUCAUCAACACCGAAUUCAAAUCCUUUUACUCUUUAUUCUAGUUCCAGUUCAACAUCCAAAGAGCCUGAGAAAGAAACUAAAGCUGAGAAUGGCUGUUUUCAGUUCUUGGAGUACUGCUCAAUCUCAACGGGUUUUUCUUUCUUUCACUUCGAAUUCAGUUGACUUCAUUUCCAAUUCAAAGAGUAGGAAAUCUAUUUGUUGUUCUUCCUCUUCUUCAGAAUUGAAUCCAGUUAGGUUGGAGGUAUGUUUCUCUGUUGGAACUCAUCUCAUACCACAUCCGAGUAAGGUUGAGAAAGGUGGGGAGGAUGCUUUUCUUGUGAGCAAUUUCAAUGGUGGUGUCCUUGCCAUUGCAGAUGGAGUUUCCGGGUGGGCUGAAAAAAACGUAGACCCUUCAUUCUUUCCAAAAGAGCUGAUGGCUAAUGCUUCAUAUCUAAUUGAUAAAGAGGAGGUAGAAUAUGAACCGCAAAUCCUUUUGGGUAGGGCGCAUGCUGCAACCUCGUCUAGAGGUUCAGCUACUGUAAUUGUUGCGAUGUUGGAGAAAACUGGGGUCUUGAAAAUUGCCAAUGUUGGGGAUUGUGGCUUAAGGGUUCUUAGAAAAGGACGACUUAUUUUUUCUACAGCUCCACAAGAGCACUAUUUUGAUUGUCCAUACCAAUUGAGCUCCGAGGCAAUUAGUCAGACAUACCUAGAUGCCGCGGUUAGCAACAUAGAUGUAAUGGAGGGAGAUAAAAUCAUUAUGGGUUCAGAUGGGUUAUUCGAUAAUGUUUACGACCGUGAAAUUGUUUCAACAAUCUCCCGAAUCAACAAUGUUGCCGAAGCUGCCAAGGCAUUGGCUGUUCUAGCAAAUGAGCAUUCAAGGGAUGCCAAUUUUGAUUCUCCUUACUCAUUGGAGGCUCGAGACCGAGGUUUUGAUGUUCCCUGGUGGAAGAAAGUUAUUGGAAGGAAGCUAGUAGGUGGGAAGCUGGACGAUAUCACUGUGAUUGUUGGGGAAGUCGUAAGUUCAUGAAAAUAGUUUUUCUUCAGUCUGAAGAGAACAUGACAAAUACAUGUUGCAGAAUUAGUAUUUGAUAUUGACGAUUUAUUCUUUUCUUGAUGACAAAGUGAAGGAGCUUAUAAGAUUAUCAACCCUUGAACAACUUGGGGACUUCUCUGAGGAACACAUACAUUACAUUAUAUCGCCAUUGAACGAAUGUACACUCCUGUAAAGUUUCUCCUUAUUAUAUGUAUUCAGGGAUGGCGGCAGCCUGCAAACUGGAGCAACUAUUUCUUCUUGCCAGUUUUGACCACCACCUUGUGAAUACUUGCUUGUCAAAAUAUAAACCAAAAAGCCCACAAAUUUCUUUUACAGUUUUUCUUAAACCCUAAGCUUACUGAAAAUGUAUAGGAAGUACAUUCAGUGGGAAGAACUUAACAAUAAGGUUUAGAAAAAUGAAUGUAUUAAGUUUUUGAGUAAAAUAUAGUUGUCUGAUAAC